AUGCCACCUGGUUUCACAGCCACUGUCGGGCAGCUUGAAACCUUUGUGCUACCGAAAGAGGUUUCAGGAUCCCUCUCUGAUAGAGCUAUGGCCAAGGCCAUGGUGAAUGCUUGGAGGCGAGAUGGCAUUCUCCAGGUUGCCAUGUCACCACUGCAGCAACAAAUUUAUGCCCAAGCCAAGGCGGCGAGUAAAAAUUUCUUCAAAAAGACGCCGAAAGAGAAACAUGCCUGCGUGAACGAUUCCAGUUACGCGGGCUACAUUGCUUCUGGUGAAGAAAUCACUGGUGGCAUUGCCGACUAUUCGGAGAUUUUCACAGUCACCAAGGACCUGAAUCACAACGACCAAAGGGUCAUGGAGAACUGGCCGUGUCACGGCCCAUGUCCUUGGUCUGAAGACAGCAUGAAGACAGCCAUGGGCGAUUACAUGGCUGAUCUAGGGUCCAGUGGUGACAAGCUGCUUCAAUUGAUCGAAUUAGGUCUCGAUGUACCGCCAGGUUCCCUGAUCAAAUACACCCAAGAUGGGUGGCACCACAUGCGCGUCUUGAGAUUUCCCCCAAGGCAUCGGACCAACGGGAAAGGCAAGGCUGGUCGAGGUAUUGGAUCCCAUACAGAUUAUGGACUGCUGGUCAUUGCUGCGCAGGAUGAAGUUGGAGGUCUUUUUGUGCGACCACCUCAAAAGGGUGAAGAGUUUGCCAACUGGAAAAAGAGUGUAGCUGGGAUGAAAGAAGAUGAGUCCGGCUGGGUGUAUGUGCCACCAACACCAGGCGUAUUCACGGUAUUUCCUGGUGAUAUGAUGCAGUACAUGACCAAUAGUUUUCUCCAGUCUACACCACAUAAGGUUGGUCUCAACGUUCGUGAGCGCUUUGCGUUUGCCUAUUUUCAUGAGCCGAACUUCCGAGCCAUUGUAAAGCCCUUGCCAGGCUACAAUGAUGGACAACAGCCAGGCAACGGCAUUCACUAUGGAACGCACUUCACGAAUAUGGCGUUGCGGAAUUAUCCAGAUCGCACAGCCACCAAGAAGCUGCUGAAUGACGGGCGUUAUGACAUGCUGAGCAAGGAUGAGCUACGAGACGACAUGACGUUGUAG